AUGGCCAACAACCCAGGGGCGGACCCUUCCGACGAUUUUCUCGAGCAAAUCCUAGGGUUUUCGACGUACGAAGUAGCCGAUAAUAACUUGGUGGGAAAUGAUGCGGCUAGCUUAGCAGGAGCUCCGACUUCGAUGAUGCUCCAGCUCCGCUUGGGUGACGGUUCGAAAUCAGGCACGGAGAACAACACCACCGUCGAUCUGUGCAGAGCCACACCCAGCCAUCGUCAGUGCCUGAGAGUGUUCGUCGGAGGAGAUCUCCGACGGGCAAUGAACAGUUGGUUAUUUGUUGAAGAAUUUGCUCCUAAAAUUCAACAAGUGAUAGACUGGGACGCCAUAUUAGCUGCUGUGCCAAGCUAUGAAGAUUCUUAUAUUAAAGUUCCAAAAGUCUUGAACAAGGAGUAA